CAAGGGUAGGUUAUGGUUUAUAAUGAUCGUUCUGGAACGACAAGUCAUGCAACAAGAUCUCUUUCUGAACCUUGAACACUCCAACAAGUUUUUUAAUCAUAUAUCUCCAACCACAAUAUCAGCUUCGGUCCCCCAAACCCGAGAAAGCGACCAUCUUAUAUUGGCCUUUAGCCAAUUCUAGUUGGUAAAGGUUACUGCAAGCUUGAAUCGACCCUUUACAAACCCCAAAUCUCAAAUCCGCAAUGGCUACCAUGAAGAAGACGUUCGCAGGUUACGCUGCCCGCGAUGCCGUCAUCCAAGCUAGCAGCAAUCCUUACGCCCGUGGAAUUGCCUGGAUAGCAGGAGAGCUCACUCCCCUGACCAAAGCCCGCAUCCCCCUUCUCGACCAAGGCUUCCUACACAGCGACCUCACCUACGACGUACCAUCCGUCUGGGAUGGUCGCUUCUUCCGCCUGGACGACCAUCUCGAACGCCUUUCCGCCAGCUGCACCAAAAUGCGCCUAAAGCUCCCCCUCCCAAAGGAAGAGGUCAAAUCGAUCCUCGUCGACAUGCUCGCCAAAAGCGGCAUCCGUGACGCCUUCGUCGAGCUGAUCGUCACGCGCGGCCUCAAAGGCGUCCGUGAGUACAAGGCCGAGGACAUUACGAACAACCUCUACAUGUUCAUCCAGCCCUAUGUCUGGGUCAUGGAGCCGGCGGUGCAGCUUAAAGGCGGCAGCGCCAUCGUUGCGCGGACGGUGCGGCGCACCCCACCUGGAGCGAUGGACCCGACAAUCAAGAACCUGCAAUGGGGGGAUUUGACCCGCGCGAUGCAUGAGGCGCGGGACCGUGGUGCUGCGUAUCCCUUCCUUACGGAUGGCGAUGCGAAUAUCACCGAGGGAUCGGGCUUCAACAUCGUCUUUGUUAAGGAUGGUGUUCUCUACACCCCUGACCGCGGCGUUCUGCAUGGUGUUACACGAAAGAGCGUGAUCGAUGCCGCGAAGGCGAUUGGCGUGGAGGUUCGCGUUGAGGUGGUGCCUGUGGAGCUGGCGUAUCAGUGUGAUGAGCUGUUCAUGUGCACAACGGCUGGUGGGAUUAUGCCUAUCACGAGUCUGGAUGGGAAACCGGUGAAGGAUGGGCAGAUUGGCCCGGUCACGAACAAGAUCUGGGAUGGAUAUUGGGCUAUGCAUUAUGAUGAUGCUUAUAGCUUUGAGGUAAGUUAUGAGGGUAGUCAUGUCAAUGGCACUAAGACCAACGGCACCGAUGGUAUUCACACCAAUGGUAACUGAGUGCUGAGAAGAAAAAAGUUGCGCACUUAUCGUCAUUUCAUUAAGAGAAGGAAACUUUCAAUGCAAAUAACUAGCUCGUCACUUUCGUGUAGCCUGAACAUUCGGGAGACUUACUUGGGCUACUUCAGACGGCAUGUCUG